AUGCCGGACGAUUCCUUUGUGAUUGAUCAUAAGUUAUUGUACAAUGAUUUGGUUGGACUGAUUUGUGAAAGAGUGGGGUGGAAUAGAAAGAAUGUGAAUUUGAGUCUAUCAAUUUUGUAUGAUACGAUGCGCAAUGGUUUUAGGCGUAUCGCCAAAAUCAAGGACGACGCAUCGUUGCAAGUGUUGUAUUUCCUCCCAAGUUCGACAUAUAUUGAUUUGUAUAUAGAUUUGGAGGUGGCGGGUACUUCUAGGUCCCAUUUGGAAGUAGGGACAAAUAGAGGUAGGCCGAAUGUGGAGAAUGUCGAUUACAUGGAAGAUGAUGAUGUGGGCGGACCGUUUAUGGAGGAUGGCGAUCACAUGGAAUAUAAUCACGGUGAAGAUGAUGAGGACUACACAUUGAUAAGUGAUCAAAGCGAUGAAAACCAAUCAAUAUCCGAAGGAAGUCGAGAGAGUGAUGAAGAGGACGGGACAACCGCAACAAUUGGGAUAGGGACUUGUUUCAAGAAUAAGGAAGAAGCAAAAAAUGGUAUUGCAGCGUGGAACAUAGAGCAAAAGAGAGAGUUUUAUGUGAAGGAAAGUGAUGGUUCAACAUGGUAUAUUUGGUGCAAAUCCCUAAAAGAGUCAACCCCUAAGGGUUAUGUUCCUUGCCGUUGGAAGGUACGUGCCUCCUUAAGAGACCACGGUUUGUGGGAGAUUGUGAAAUGGGUGCCCGAGCACAAUUGUAUGAAUGUCACCGAGGAAAACAAUAAUCGGAAUGUGAGCGCAAUGCUUAUUGCGCAUCUCAUAAGGCAUAAGGUUGAGUUGGACCCAGAUUAUGAAGUGAAUCUCGUUCAGGAAGAAGUGAAAGACCGUAUGCAUGCCGAUGUUCCUUACCACAGGGCAUGGAAGGGAAGGAGAAAAGCUAUCGAUCUUGUUUACGGCGACUGGGUUUCCUUACCACAGGGCAUGGCGAAAGCCAUUUUCGAGAACCAUGAGGCUUUUAGUAAAGCCCUUAAAGGUUUGAAAGUGGAUGGUAAGCCUGUGGAGGGGAUGACACCUGAGAAUUCUAUGGCACAGUGGAUGGCGAUGUGCUUUAGAUUGUUGGGAAUUACACCCGUUAGUGACAUGUUUGAUGGGAAUAAGAUUUAUGCAGAGUGUUUAAUCAACGAGUGUCUGCGUCCGAUCCCAGAAAAUGCCCCAAGAGAGGCCUAUACACAGAGGGCCCGUGCUUUACUAUUCCUACUGAUUGGAGGUUUCUUGAUUUCUGACAAUACGGGAAACAGAAUAGCACUUUGGAUCCUGGCAAUACUCGAGGAUUUGGAUUUAUGGGUUUGGGAGCGUAUCCCAAGACUUCAACCAAAGAGGAAGGUUAAAGAUGAGAGUUACUUGGUGCCGGACGCACCAUUAGGCAAUAGGACGUGGAUCUUUUGUUGGGCCAUCAGAGAACCAUACGAGCCCAAUCGGGUCCUUCGUCAAUUUCAAUGCGUCCAAACUGUGCCAGAGUACCCGCUAAUCAAUGACAUUGAUCGCUGGAAUGCGAUACACCACAGAUGCCUUGGGAUUGGAAAGGCAUAUGAUGAUUGGGUGCAAAAACACACUAAGGUACGACCUCGUUGGAAUGUGAGAGAUCAGCACGUGGUCCCUCAUGAAUUGGGUGAUCUGGAACUAGGUCCUCAAUGCACAUCGGACUACAUGCCGUGGUUUCAAAAGAAGACUAUCAGAUUUAUGACUGAUCCCACUCAAUACGGCCCUCUGGCACAGGGUUAUCACUCGUCUUCAUCUCUGGAGAGAUUUUAUUCUUCAAAUCUCAGCGACAUAUAUCAUCUCGCUGAUGCAGCCUUAUGGGAAAAUCCAAGCCUCGGUGGUAGUUUAGAGGAUAAACUCUUCCAAAUCUUCGACAAGAGUUUCAGUGCCCUGACUUUGGGCCCACGUGAUAUGAGCACUCAGUCCGAUACUCAAGUUCUUCAGAAAAGACCCCCUGAGUCAAGUCAAAAUGUGGUACUCACGCAGAAAACAACAUCGAAGCCUACUGGAGGAGGAAGGAGGAAGCGACCGGAAAUUUCAGAUCGAACAAUCAUAGUUCAUCCCAAUCCAACUCCGAUGCAAGAAGAUGAUGAAAAUGAUGAAGGCAAUGAAAGCGAUGAGGAUUACUACAUUAGGGGCGAAGAAGAAGAAGAAGAAGAAGAGUCCUCUCUACCUCGUGUUUCUUCCCAAAAGAAAAAGAAAACGGUCGAGGUUCGCAAGAGUGAUAGGAGUAUUAUUGAUGGGAGAUGGCCGGCGACGAUCGAGGCAUUGAGGCGGCAAUGGGGGUCGGCGAUCGUGGCGUUGAGGUGGACACGGCCGGCGGCGUUGAGACGGCAACGGCGUUCAGAGAUCGAGGAAAGGCUUCGAUUCUACCAGAAGCAUAUCAAUGAGUUGGGGGAUGAUGUGAUGCUGGAUGAUGCUUUGUGCAUAGAAGUUACAUCUGCUCUGAAGGAAUGUGGAGAAGAUAAUAGCAACGAUGAAUUGGGAGUUGAUAAUGUGAUGGUGGAGGAGGAUGCCUUGCACAAGGAAAUUUCAUCUGUGACGAAGAAUAAUGAUUUGACUGUUUUUACUUUAGUUGGCAAGACUGCAAGAAGAUACAAGAGAUCCAGUGGAAAUGGUGAUGUUUGCCAUGAGAGGGUUAAGUUUCGGUGUGGGUGUCCAGCUUAUAUCCAUUUUACUGUUGACAAAGAUGGCUUGUGGACCUGUACAAAACAUCUAGUUGAUCACAAUCAUGAUCUUGUGCCGAAUGAAAUGAUUGGACUUCUUCGAUCUCAACGUAAAGUAGAUGAAAAUGAUAUGAAGAUAAUCAGAGACAUGAAAAGGAGUGGCAUCCCUUUGGUUGAUGCAUUUAAGUUUGUGGCAAAAUUACACGGGGGAAGUCCGAACAUGAAAUAUACUUUGAGAGAUGUCUACAAUUAUGAGCGUCUUGGUGUUGGAUUUGAAGGUGCUGUGAGGGGUGAAGAUCUCCAUUGUAGCCAGGGAAACAUCGAUUCAUAUCUUCCCGGUGACCCUUUCCUGGAGAGCAUUCGCAGAGUGUACACAGUUGAAGUAUUCCGGGAGGUUCAACAGUUGCACAAAGAUGGGAUGUUGUGCAGGCAGGAGCAGUUAGAGGUCUCAAAUGAUGGCAAUAUUGUGACGUACCAUGUUAGGCGGUUUGGGAUAGAGCACUUUAAGCAUGUGGUUGUACAUGACACUAGGUUACAAAGAUUCUCAUGCACGUGCAGGUCAAGCAUAGCUAAUGAGGGAGAUGGAAAAGCUGCUGGGCCAUUGCUGUGGAAGGCACUAAUUAUGAGACGAUUUUCAGACUUGGUAUAUGCAAGUGAAUAUAACAAAGAUGCAAAGAAAUGUUGUGACGAGGCUGUUGACAGGCUUAAAGAAGAACUCGGCAGUUUCAUUGGUUCAAAUAAUAAUGAUGAGUCUGUAGACAAUGAUGGUGUUAUAAAGAAUUCGGCUGUAAAGAGGAAGAAGUUUGGUCCCAGGAACGAACGUCCUAAAAGCAUUGUUGAGAAGGCAUGUAACAAAGUCAGAGGCAGGAAAACAAAUGCAAGAAUUGCUGCAGACCGAACAAAAGCUUCAGUUACAUCAGACCUGCAUUAUCAAAGCAUGCCAUUUCCUUAUCCAAAUGGAGCUGCUCAAGAUUUUACAGGCUCAGGAAGUUUUGCUGCUGUAAAUGCUUCCCAUCAAAGCGUGCCAUCUUUGAACGUAAAUUCCAGUGGAUUCUCAUUUGCUAAUCCAAGCGUAGCUGCCCAGCAUUUUUCAUGGGUAGGGGCUUCCACUUCUGUGAAUGCUUCUGAUCAAAGCAUGCCGUUCAUCAACCAAAAUUCCGGUGGAUUCUCAUUUCCAAUUCCCAAGGGAGCUAGCCAGGAGUUUCAAGGCGAAAGCACUUCCGCUGCUGUGAAUCCUUCUCAUCAAAACAUGACAUUCAUGAAUGAAAACUUUGGUGGGUUCUCAUUUCCUAACCGAAGGGAAGCUGCCAGGUAG